UAUCAUUUCUUGUUAUUUCUCUCAUUUUUCAAGUUUGUUUUUCUCAUUCAAACACCACAUUUUUGUUCUACCAAUUGCUGAUCAUUUGCGUGAAAUGUCUCACGAUCUGAUGAUCAUAAAGCCCAUCAUGUGGAAUCAGGAGAAAUUCUAGCACAUACAGCAUCAGGACAUGGAGCAACUGGGGCAGAAGCUGCUGUGCACCACGCUUGAGCUUGAGAAGUUAAAAGUCGAAGCCAUGGAGGAAAUGAGGAAGAACAAGGAGUACGUGAAGCAGCUAAUCCAUCUCCUCAAAUUCGCCAUCCAAGAAAGAGAUGAAGCAAGAAACCAACUCCAGAAGCUACUCAACACGGCCACGUCGUUAACGAAUACGAUGGUCCCUCGUUUUCAGGCCGAUAGCCCUCUGCCCAGACCAGCAAGAGCAAAUUCAAGCAUAACUGAGUCCAACAGCCUCUCAGAAACGCACAAUUACCACUCGCAUGGCUCGCCUCCCGUUGAGUCCCUAUUCGAUGCCGUCUCUUCUCCACCUGAAAUAUUCUCAAGCAUGGAGUUGGUGCCCAGGAUCGAUCAGGGUUCGUUGGUUAUCGAUAGUCUUGUAAAGGGGAGAGCUCUGCCUCAGAAAGGGAAGUUUCUGGAGGCUGUUCUUGAAGCCGGGCCGCUGCUUCAGACGCUUCUUGUGGCUGGGCCACUCCCAAGGUGGCGUAAUCCGCCCCGGCUUCAGCCAUUUCAGAUACCUCCGGUUUCGAUCAAAGGUGGCGAUGCUGAUUUUUUUGCUGAUAAGAAACCUGUGGCAGACGGAGGGCAAUGGGCUUCAAGACAGUUGAAUUUGCAGCCUUAUGCUCUUACGUCAUGUGGAUCUUCCUCAGGGCACUUAACGAAUUUUGCUAGUGUUGGUUCUGGAACUUGUCUGAGCAAUGCCCCGAUAAUUAGUAGCAACGAUUGUUUUCAUUUGGCGAAGAGGCAGAAGUUCUGUUGAAAUUAGAACUAAGUUGUUCCGAUUUUUUGUACAAAUAGAAGAUCGAUUAAGUGAUGUAAAUGGCACAGAAUGAUUUUAGUUUCCGAGUGAACUUCUCAGCUCUUUUAAGUAAAUACUUAUCAAAUUCAUCUCA